CUCUGGCAGAGUCAAAACUUCAGUGACAGUAGGUUGGAAGGGGCAGAAGUCAGAAAAAAAUUACUUCUUUUAUUUAAGAAGUUAAGGAAAUGACACGGCGUUGUAUUUGUCAACUCUGCAGCUGUGGACGCCACCGUUGCCCCCAUCCACCUACUGCACUGCACUAUGGGAAGGGGAAUAAAGUGUGUGUCAUCACCGAAUACACAGAGAAGUACCCUUCCUAUGGCAAUCAGCAUCCGACUCAAAGCCUGAAACCUAAACGGGACUUUGAGGGUAACAAGGGGAAAAUGGAUGGAACCACCACAUUCAAGACGGAUUAUAUUCCAUAUGAAGUUCUCCCGCGCCCUGGUCGGCAGAAGGCUGAGUACAAGCCCAAACCUGGUGAGAUAGACAUGGGAACCACCUACAACCAAGACUUCCCCUGCUAUGAAGUGAAAUCAGUCCCUCCUACCAAGCCCAAACAAAGAUCUCAUGUGGCAUCGGGUAAAUUGGACACUGUGCCCACUUACAAAGAGGAUUUCCGCCAGUGGGAAUUGUCAAAGAGGGAGCUCCGAAAGCCAGAUGUGACGUAUCAUCCUCCCUCAGCCAAAUUUGGGAACUUCACCACAUUUCAGGAUGACUUUGCUCCGAGGAGCCUGGUGCCACGAAAGAGCUUCAAGCCCUCCAACCAGCCCAAGCUGUCUGACGUGCCCUUUGACGGGGUUACCAGUAACCAGCAGGCCUACGUUGCCCACGCGCUGGAGCCUCGUUUCUACAGGCCACCCAAGGUGUACCAGCGCAGCAGUGAGCCUCUGCAGGGCCUCACCUCCCACAAGCAGGACUUCCAGGGCCUGCCCGGUGCCAUCACCAAGAGCUGCAAGCCCGAGAACCCCAAGGCCGCCUCGGACAGCCCCUUCCAGAGCAGCACAGAGUUCCGCGACCGCUUCCAGCAGUGGCCAGUCGCCAUGCCCCCACGCCACAAGACCCUGGAGUAUGUGGCUCCCACCGCCUCAAUGGACUUGAGCACCACCACCAACACGUAUUACACCAGGCACAACAUCCAGCCCUAUGUGUCGGCAAAGCCCUUCGCUCGGCCUGCCCAGUCCUCCGUGCCCUUCCAAAGCAUCACCACCAUGAAGGAGGACUUCAAGCCAUGGGGGUCGUGCAAGCAGGACAUCAUCAAGAAGCCCGAGGAGCUGCACAAGGCCACUGGCAAGAUGGAGGACCUGACCACCUUCAGGGCCCAUUUUACCCAGCAUGCACUGCAGCCAAACAUCAGCUUCAAGCCGCCCAACGCAGCCAUGCAGAGGGACGUGCCCAUGGAGGAUGGGACCAUGUACAGCACCGAGUUCACCCCGAAGAAGAUCAACGUGUGUCCAGCCAGCUUCAGCAACCCUCCGGGGUACACGCUUGAGGACAACGAUGAGCGCGGCCACAAGUUUUUCCGCAAGAUUCCCUCUCAGGAAGGAGUUAAGAUGGUCCAAACCCAGGAGGCAGUGGCCGUCAACUAAAAAAGGUGACCACAAUGGUGACACCAUGAGGCUCAUUAAAACAACUAAUUUUGCUUCUUCCAAA